AUGGACGACCAGAUGUCCAGCUACCCUGAGCCCGACAGCCAGCAGCACUACACUCUCUACCCACCUCCGGGCCAGCAACAAUUGUUGGACCCUGUCCAGCAGGAGCAAUUGCAAUUCAGCCAACUCGGUCAGCUUGGUCAGGCCAUCUAUCCCAAGGCCGAGGGCGAGGUCGACCCGAAUGCGCCAAACCACAUCGAACAGCGCAUCGAGCAGUUGCAGCAGCAACCACCACACCCUCAGCCUCAACACCAGCACCAACAUCAGCACCCUCUGCAACAACACGACCAGCACCACGACCAACAUCAACAAGCCCCUCUGGGUCCACCUCCACCACCGCCAACUGCGCAACCCCAAGGUCCUCCAGUCCAAGGAGAGACCNCUCAAAAGGCCAAUCGUCUGCGCAAGGCAUGCGACUCGUGCAGUAUCCGCAAGGUCAAGUCUGGUCCGCCGUGUCGAGCAUGCGCUGCUCUAGAGAUCCCCUGCACAUUCGAACGUCCCAGCCGCCGCCGCGGUCCUCCAAACCGGCAUGCAGAGGCAAUCAAGCGCCGCCGUCUUGAAGAGUCACCACACAUCAGCGGCCAGUCGACACCCUCUUCACCUACUCACGCCGCCCAAGCUCUAGCAGCUCUGUCUUCUCACCCUUCUCAUCCUCCCAUCUCGGCUGAAUCCAUUUGCGACUUCCAGACGUUGGAUCUCCUCGUCAACGACUUCUUCACCUACAUCCACCCAUUGUGCCCAUUCCCACACGAGCCAAGCUUCCGCGAAGCUUGGAAGAGAAGAGAAGACUACAACAACCGUGCUUUCCUGGCCCUGCUGUCAUCCAUGGUUGCUGCCCUUGUAGCUUCCUUCCCACGAAAGCCCAGACUGCAUCUCAAGGCACAACGUAGAGAGCUCGAGUUCCCUAACCACAUGGCACUUGUCUUGAAGUGUCAAAAGGUUUGCGCCGAUGCUCGUGGACCAGGCUACCUCGAUAGUGAGAACUUGAGUGUUCAUGAUGCUGCGACCAGCUACUUCCUUGGUCUCUCGGCUUGCUACACAUUCAGAUGGCGUCAAUGCCGUUUGUACUGGAGUGAGUGUCUGACCAUCAUCAGAGCUCUCGGCCUACACAAGCCGACUGAGCAGAACUUUACGCGGUUGGGAAUGUUGCCAGCAGCUGUGGGCUCAAACGGGCCGAAUGUUGAGGGUAAUCGCGACGACGUUCUCGACAACAUCACCCUCGAGAUGGGCAGAAGAAUUUUCUGGACAAUGUUUGUGAGCUCAAAGACGAUUCACCAGUGCGGUUCUGCCUUUAGCGAACUCGUCAUUCCGCCCGAAACUCCAUCCAUGCCUUACCCUCCGCUUCCUGUCGAGGUCGACGACUUCUGCAUCUUCCCUGGGCACAUUGAGCCGCAGCCGCCAGGCCUUGUUCCCAUGAUUGCUGGCUUCAAUGCUAAUGUCAGAAUCUUCAUGUCUUACAGCCCUCUUUCUACCAUGGAAUUGGCUUGGGGUGUUGAUGCCUUGGUCGACAUCGAUCGCCAGAAGAAGGUCCUCCAUGACUCACUGGAGCGAUGCAAAUCAGCUAUCAGAGAGCUACCGCCUGUGCUUGUCAUCUGGCCGACUGACAACAAUCCUUUCGCUAACCACAAUGGAAACGAGCUCGGACUUGACUUCUCAAACACAUCAUAUGCACGCGACCCAGCAACUCUGAAUCCGAAUACAGUGGACGCCACGCCUGAGGAUCGCAGAAGACGUCAAUACGAGAUCCAGAAGGCGAACAUUCACGGCAGCGGUCUCUGCACGAGGUCCUACAUCGUCGAAAAGUACUUCACUCUGAUCGAGGCGCAAGCUCGAAGCAAGCUUCAGGCGGAGAACGCCGAGUCUGGUCUGUCGAGCGAAGUCGCUGCAGAACUUGAUGGACUGCUCUCGGAUGGAGCUUCUGCUGAUGCACUGGACCGUGAGAUGUCGGAAGAGCGCGAGGGUAUCGUCAGGGACUUGCUCUCUGUUCUGAGCAGUAUCGACAGGACAACAAAGAUUCGUGUAGUGGCAAGCACCCUUCUCGAGGUGCCCAGGUCUCGCAAGGGCCAAGUCGCGCAGCAAGCCGAGGAAUAUCUUGCGGCAUUCCUUGAAAUUCUGGUCAAGCUAGAGCGUGUGAACCCUGGACAUGACGACCCUCAUAACCCCAACGACGAGGAAACCGAGUUGCGACACUGGGCGGACCUUCGUGAGUAUCAACUCAAGUUCGUACAACAAGGCGGACUGUCCAGCCUUAAUUGA